AUGUAUGACACUCAAAUAUCAAUGGAUGAAGAUGCAAGACAUACGCCACGAACAGAUACGAAACUGGGCGAAAAUUUGAAUCCUUUGCCCACUCUAAAGGUUGUGCUUUUAGGAGACCUGGGGGUUGGAAAGACGUGUUUACGAUCCCAAUUUGUUCAUCAUAUGUUCACCAACGCAUACAAGGCUACAAUAGGCGGUGAUUAUCUAACGACAACGAUUGAGCUACCGCCAUUAAGCAAGACUUCAGCUACUACUUUCGGUAAAAGUGGUCCCGCUGCAAAUGAUGAAACCAAUACCAUUAAUACCUCUACCACCAAAACACAAAAACUACCGCCAACACUACUGCCCUCACUACCACCAACAACUGACCCAACCAUUGAGAAAGUCAAUUUGCAAAUCUGGGAUACCGCUGGACAAGAGCGAUUCAAUUCCAUAUCACAAGCAUUCUACCGCGGUGCUGACGUUUGUGUACUUUGUUACGAUAUCACCAAUUACGAGUCGGUGUUGAGUUUGAAGAAUUGGUUUCGUCAAUUUCUACAACAUUGCCAUGUUUCUCAGCCAGGCGUUGUGGUUGUAGGCAAUAAGAUGGACCGAGUGAAGGACCGAGUUGUUGAUAAAGAAGAAAUCAAGGAUAUAAUAACCAAUACCACUUCGGUGGCUAAUAUAGGCGACUAUGUCUAUGACUGGGAUUUGGACUUACUCGAGGUAAGUGCAAAGCAAUUAGAACCGACAGAGUUGUUGUUCACAAGGGUGGCGGAGUUGGGACGAACUAUUUUAAAAGGCGACGAGAGCAAACACAGAAAAUUACAAGACUUUGACAAGAUUGACUUGGAUGCGCAAAAGGAUGAGAUCCAUAGCAGAUGCGCAUGUUGA